AUCAACAACAAACAACAACUACAGUAUUCACAUACAAAUGGCGUAGAUUAUGGAUUUGAGCAGCAGCGUGCCGCGACGCCGCCAUGCGGAGUGACGUCAGCAGCAGCAGGAGCAGCAGCAGCAUCUAUGCAUAGCAAUCGUUGGCCAACGGCAGUCGCAACGCCCAAUGGACACGCCCCCGCCAACGCCCAUGCACAGCAUUUUGACGGUUCCUUUGAGUUUAUCAAAUAUCUAAGACAUUCUACCGACUUUACGCCAAACAGCAGCAGCGGCAGCGGCCCAAGCAGCGCAGUCAGCAGCAGCGACACCGACUGCACUACAGUUCCAUCUGAAAAGUGCAGCAAACUCUCAACGGGCAGAUGCGCGGCCACGCCACCGCUACCGCUGCCAGCAUCGCCAUUGAACAGUGCAAGCGGCAGUGGCGUUGGUGGCGGCCUGCUGGACUUGGACUCAACAAGUAGCGCACAAAAGUCUCGUUCGGCAGCGCGUAAAGUUGCCGCUCUGCUCUCUUCCGUAUCGCGCUCUUCCAACAGCCUGGACGCCAGCUCAUCCGCCUUGGACGCUGUGUUUGAUCAUGACUCCAAGCAGACCAUGUUCGAGCUGCAGCAUUUGACGAGCGCUUCCAAUGGCUCUCACGGCUCCAACUCAAACGAGUCAACUUCACUGGAGCUGCUCGCGUUUCCCAACUCCCAUCUGAAUGCCUCCAAUUCGAACACUUCCUCGGAGGGCGCUGCUUGUGGCAGCGCUGCCGAAUUCGGUGGACUUCUGGGCGGCAGCAGCAGUGGUGGUUGCUCCUCGCAAGCGGCGGCGCCCAAGCUGCUCGGCAGCUUCAUCAUCAAGGAGAACUUUGAUGUGCAUCCGUCGCACAAGGUGGAGGAGGGCAUCUUCCAGCACAUGAACAAGCUGCCCUCCAAGAAGAAGGACACACUCAAGCAGCUCGGCGUACGCUUUACAGGACAAAUGACACUCAAUGACAAAUCCAUUGUUGUUGAUAAUUUUAUACGCUUCUGCGAGGAAUAUGACAUCAAGGAUCAUCGACCGUGGCUAUCUCUCAAUCAGUGUGGUCUCAAUAAGCCCGAACAAAUAAAAUUUGCACGCUAUUUGGGCCAGGGAUUGCCAACAUUUACGCUCUUUUGCAUUUAUAGCAAUUUUAAGAAUCUAUUUUGCACCAAACGCACCGAAAUCUACACCAAGGAUGGCUACAAUCUGCCUUAUAUACUUGACAAAACCAAGCGCUUCCUGGCCAACACAACUGCUGAUCUCAAGAACAUGGCAGCCGCCAAUGAUGGCACACUCGAGUUUUCCAGCAGCAGCACCAACAGCAAUAGCAACAGCAACAGUAACAGCAGCAACAACUAUGUGGCAGCUUCGCAGCCAUUAGACAGCCGCUAUGCCGCAGCGCCAGCGCAGCCGCCGCCACUGCCACCGCCGGCAGUGUUGGGUCCACCACCGCGGGCCCUGGAGCAGCUGGUCAUCUACGAGAACUUCAACGUGCAUGAGACACAUCGCAUCGAGGAUGGUGUGUGCACGCACAUCAGCCGCUUGCCGCCAAAGAAACAGGAGUUAUUGAAACAGUUCGGUAUACAGAGUAGUAGCCAGCAAUGUCUGAGCAAUUAUGAAAAGUGCAUACUCAUCGAGAACUUCAUCAAGUUUUGCAAUGAAUAUCAGAUAUCCGAUCAUCGACCCUUUUUGGACUUCCACGAGAGCGCUUUAUCCAAAUGUGAGCAACUUAAAUUUGUACGAUAUCUGGGCCAGGGGCUAUCCAAUCUGACGCUAAACAAGAUCUACGUCGCCUUCAAGGAGCUGCUAAGCAAUGCGCGUACCGAAAAGCUGGGCUUGGAGAGUUACAAUUUGGAUAUUAUACUAAAGAAGAAACGCAAAAAUCUGUACAGUCGUCUGCAUGCAGUCGCAGCAAGUAGUGCCAGUGUAGAUCUAACAGCAUUUGAUUCGCCCCAGUCAUCGCCACGUUCACAUCACGCGUUUGCCGCAGUAACAGCUACGCCCCAGCUAAGUGAAGUUUGCAAUGAUCAAUACAGUUAUGUUCAACGGUAAAACGCACAAAUAUAUAUACAUAUUACAUACAUAUAUACUUCCUGGAACUGGACCAGUAACUGUUGUGUCUUCGAAACGAAAAAAUAACAAAAAAAAAAAGAAAAAAUUUAAAUGCAAAAUUUAAAAACAAAAUUAUAAGAUAAUUCAAUGAAAACCAAGUGCUAAAUUCUAACAUGAUGAGAAACAUUAGUGAAAAGUUAGUCUAAGUUACAAAUAUGACAGUAAAGCGAAUGUAAUUCAAAAUGCAGACAAUGUACAUCUAAGAAAAAAUACUCAGAAAUCCCAAAGAUUAAGUGAAAACUUUGGCCAGCUAAAAAAUUAAUACUUGUAGUUACUUGCUUCGGUUUCCCAAAAAUGUAUGCAUACUUUUUUGUUUUUUUUUUUUGUCUUUUAUAACAGCUAUAUAUUUAAAACUGGAGCUAAGAUAGAUUUUAAGAGCAACACCAAAAUUCAAAAGCAAAACUAAAUCAAAGACCUCCCGAGAAAGUUCCCUAAUAUACUAUAUCUAACAUAAAGGUAAGAGAAAAUCAAAUCAUAGACACACUCACAGUCAAAGAAACAGAACGCAAGAGAUUAACAAAUCAACUAUUCCUAUAUACAAUACUUAUAUACAACAAAUAAUAAUAAUAUAGUAACGAAGA